AUGACUACGUCAACACAACAGUCAGAAGCUGAUACUAACCCAUCAGUAGUUGAAGCACCGAACGAUGUUGAAAUGGCUGAUUCAGAAGAAAAACCAAUAUAUGGUAAUGAAGAAGAAUCAACAUCUAGUGACAAUAAGGCCGGUAAACGAAAACGAUCAACGAAAAAAGCAUCUGAAACAACAGAAACCAUACCAAAUGGACGACCAAAACGUAGUUUACAAAAACGCGAAGAAGUACCAACGAGUAUGACUAAUGGUACUCCAAAAGCUAGUAAAGCCAAAGUUGAACAAGCAUCUGCUGAAAUUGAUGAUGAUCAAGAACAAGACAAAAAUAUUCCUGUAGUUAAUGAUGUGGCUGAUGUUGUUUGGGUUAAAAUGGGUGGUCAUCCAUGGUGGCCAAGUCUUGUUGUUCGAGAUCCAAACGAUGCUAGCAGUUCAUUUACAAAAAUUACCGGUAAUGCACGUGCAAAACGCAUGUCUUUUGUUGUCUUCUACGGUUCAACUGCUGAUUUUGCUUGGGUAUCUGAUACAGCUAUAAUACCUUAUCAAGGUGUUGAAGCAUUUACUACGUAUGCUCAAGAAAUGGUUGAUAAGGCACAAACAAAAUCUCAAAAAGAACAAUUAACUGAACGAUUUCAAUUAAAGGUUACUAUCGGACGACGUGAAGAUUGGGAAACAGCCGUCCGUGAAGCUGAUGACGCCAUUAAACAAACAAGUGAAAAACGUCUUCAAAACAUUGAAUCUAAAGUUCAAUUUUAUUCAAAAAAACAUACUACUCCAAAAGGUCAAUCUGGUCGACGACCAAAAACACCUGCAACUAAACCCGAAGAAUCAACAGUCGAUCCAGCUAAUCGUUCAUUACUUGCCGAAAAAACAUUUGAAUUUAAAUCUGACGAUGAAGAUUCAUCAACUGAAUCACCUAUGCGUAAACCUUCAUUAGUUAAGAUUAAACUUAGUAAAAAAAUAUCAAACGAUUCCGAUUCAAGUCCAUCACCACCAAGAAAAUUAACUAAUCAACCGAAAACAGUCUCAUCUGAGGAAAAACCAAAGUCUACUCCGAUAAAAACUGUUUUUGGACAAACAGCAAAUGGUUCAUCAGUUUCAUAUGAACAACGAGCACCAACAAUCAAUCCAAAUGAGACAACGCCCGUUAAAUCAAAUGCAACUAAACUUGUUAAUGGUACAAGUAGUGGACGAAAACGUGGACGACCACGUCUCACACAACCAUCAGGAUCAUCAAGUAAUGACGAUAGUCCAGCGCCAGAAUUUAAUUCUGCUAGUCCAUCAGUGACAACUAAAUUUAUAACACAACGUAAACCAAUUGUAAAACCACAAGCUUUUAUGAGUUCAUCAACAAAUAACAGUCUUAGUGGACAACAUGAUAUACGGACUGGAUUUUUGUCACCAUUUGAAGAACAAGAAGUACUCGAUGCACUUGAACAACUAGGCUUAAAAACAUUUGAAGAAGCUGAACAAAAAGCUAAACGACGCUUCGAACAUAUACUUUGUUUAAAUCUCAAUCGAACACAUGUCGAUAUACCGCAAGAAUGGUUUUAUACGUUUCUUUUUACUCAUCCAUCAUUAAUCAUCAAGAAUUCUCAAUGGUUUAGUGAGAAAAAUAAUUGCGAUACAUUAAAUGAAAAUGAUCUACUUAACGAUGUUCAAUCAUCGAGCAGCUUAGCUGUUCUUAAACAUCAAUUAGUUGUUUUGUCAAGAUUAUAUCGUAACGAAUUACAAGCUCGUGAAUCAGCAGCAGUUAAAAAACGACGAUCAACAGCUGGUAGUGUUGGAAAACGAAAAUCAGUUGAAAAAAAGCAUUUAGAUGAAAAAAUUGAUGAUGCUGAAGGUAAACAACAACAACAAGAAGAACUUAUUGAUUAA